AUGGAACAAGAAAAAUCUGAUUACAAAACAAAAUUAGUAUUAGAUAUAUGUUCCAUUUCAAACCAUUCAAUUCGUUGUCUUCAUACACUUUUCUCUAAUGCAUCUUUCAUUGAUUGGUAUUGCAUUCUUGGUGUGGAAGAAAAUGCUGGAGUAAAUACCAUACGUAAGAAAUAUCAUAAACUUGCUUUGCAACUUCAUCCAGAUAAGAAUAAACAUCCCAAAGCUGAAACUGCAUUCAAACUUGUCUCUCAGGCAUAUACAUGUCUAUCUGAUGCUGCAAAAAGAAAAUCUUUCAACUUAGAAAGAAACAGAAGCUUCUGCAUUGAGUGCAACAGAAUCCCAUAUAAACCCAACAUUCUCCCUAACAAUUCCAAUCCUUCGAGUUUCAAGGCAUGGAACAUUACCAGCAAAUCAGUAUCUAGUAAAGUUAGAAGAAAUAUUUUGGACAUGAGAGAAAGAUUGAAGGAAGAGGCCAAGGUGAUAGAGAGUUGUCUGAGGACAAGACGGAAAAUGCAGUGCACCGCGACAAGAGAGAUGCGAAAGCUAAGUAUAGCUCACCAAUUUUCGAGGUCAAGUAGUGUGGACACAAGAAAAUUUGCUUGUGUUUCAUCAGUUUUAGUUUAA